CGUUUAUCCGGUUGCUGACCUUGGGCGUUCGAGCAUGGCUCCCAACCAGUAUCACAGGCCGGAGACGGCUCUGACGAAGGCGAGAGAGCUAAUAAAAUGCGACAAAAAGGCGAUAGCCCUAGAAAUCCUGUACGAUGUCAUGAAGUUACGCCGAGCCAAGCAGUGGCAAAAGGUUUUGGAGGAGCUGAUGAUGCUAUUCGUCGAACUAUGCGUCGAACUUCGAAAGAACAUCCACUUCAGAAAAGUCAUUUACCAGUAUAAAAACAUCAGCGCUAUGGAGAACACUGCUUCUUUGGAACAGGUCAUUCGAUACUAUCUCACUCUCAUCAAGAACCGAACAGAGGAGGCUCAGCGCGAAUCAAAAACUGCAGUCAUGGAUAUUGAAGAUUUGGAUGUCCUUGAAACUCCUGAAAGGUAAUCAUAUGGCUGUUCGAGAUGCUCAUAUUUAGCCUCAUGUUGAAUGCCGUCAGUUUUGAAGGAUCUCAAGAUCGUUCGGCAAGGAUGAUCCUUAUGCCGUGGCUAAAGUUCCUCUGGGAUGGGUAUCGCCUUGUGCUGGAUCUAUUGCGUAGCAGUGCCAAGCUGGAACACUUGUAUCAUGAAAUUGCAAACGACACUUAUGAAUUUUGCAUAAAAUACGGUCGUAAGGCAGAAUUUCGCAAACUGAGUGAGCUGUUACGAAUACACACACAAAAAGUACAAAAUCAAACGCAAACAAACGCUCCCAACUUGGUGAAUUUGAACAACCCAGAGACGCAGAUCUUGCAUUUCGAAACACGCCUUCGGCAGCUGGACUGUGCCAUGGAACUGGAAAUGUACAAUGUUUGUCUUGCUGUUCGCGGUGCGUUUGAUUUACUUUUUGAAGCUUUCAAAGCCGUCGAGGACAUAUGGGGCUUUAUCCUCAUGUCGAAGAAAGUUUCGAGUCCUGUCCUUUUGACAAACUAUUACUCGAAAUCAGCCGAGUUGUUCUUGCGCUGUGGAUGUCACUUGUACCACGCUGCAGCUUUGCACAAAGUUAUGUUUUUGUAUCGGGAUCAUAAGAAGAAUAUCACUCGCGAAGAGCUUUCGACCCUUGGUUCUCGUGUCCUGUGUGCCACUUUGGCAAUUCCCCUGCCGAAUUCCAAGUUGAACUCGGAUAAAUUUCUCCUUUCUGGUGAAUACAAUAUGAUCAAACAAAAGACGUUGGCAGGGUUGUUGGGUUUGUUUCAGGUCCCCACACGCCAGAGCUUGAUUCAUGAUCUCGUGCGACACAAAGUACAUACAAUGGUCCCUUCAGAGCUGGCCGAUUUGUAUCAAGUUUUGGAAGCUGAUUUUCAGCCCCUUACUUUAUGGGAACGGUCUCAACCGGCUUUGGGUCUAAUUCAAAACACACCCGAGCUCAACGUAUACAUCAGCCAGCUUCACGAGGUGAUUGUUUCAAAGACUGUGCUUCAGUUGUCACAAGUUUAUCAAACCAUCCGGUUUGAGGAACUCAUGAAGUUGUGCCCUUUCAUGGAUUCGAUAUCUCUCGAAAGGUGUGUGAUUGAACUAAUCCACAACUUGGAACUUCCUAUCCGGUUGAAUCAUCGACUUCAAGCCAUUAUGUUCGACGAGUUUACAGAUCUGGGGAUCAGUCAGUGUGACUAUGGUGGUCAGCUGGUUUCCCAGUCCACUCACGUAAAUGCGCCUGACAAAUUAUCUCGGCAGUUGACUGUCUUUGCCCAAGUCAUGCAGCAAAUUACCGAAAUGUUGGAUGAAAACCAAUCGAUGCCGGGUUACCGUCGUGCUUUGGUGAAGGAAUAUCGAAAUAAUAAGGAACGGUUCCAUAAAGAACUGCUUGAACGUCGGGACUACAUCGAAUAUCGUAAAGAAGAGGUAGAGCGCAUUCACAGAGAACGCGAUCAGUACUUCAUGGACGAGGAAGCGAGACGCCAGGCUGAAUACGAGCAGAGACUGCAGCACGAAGAGCGUAAUCUGCUCAAGGAGGCAGAAGAACGCGAGCGUCGUAAAACAGAGGACGAACAGGCCCGACUCAAACGUCGAAUUGCACGUGGAAAUUACAAUUUACUGAUGGAACAUAAGAUAGGUGUGAAGAUGGACCUGACAGAAGAACAGCUUGAUCAGUUUGAUGCAGACAAAAUUCUGGAAAAAAAGGCAUUGGAAGUGAAAAAGAAGCGAAAGGAAGCGGCCGAAAAGGCCAAAGCCCUGGCGAAAAAAUUGGACUACUUCGUCCGUGCCAUACGCUUGGAAGAGAUCCCACUACUACAAGCAGCCAUUGAACCAGAAGCCCGAGCAGCUCGAGAGCUAUACGAACGUAGUGUAACUGAAUUGGAGGAGCACUCAAAGGCGGAACACGCGCGCCAACUGAAAGAGCGUAACAGGCUUAUUCGCAUGAAGCCGGAUAUCCAGCGUAUCGUUACAAAGUUGAAGGAGGCCAGAGACACCCGCUAUAAGACUCGCCUGUCCGAAUGGGAAGAACAGUGUGAUAGAGUUCGUGCUCAAAGGUUAGCCGAACGCAAGGCGAAACAAGAAGCUGAAGAAGCAGCGGAAGCCGAGCGAAGAGCGCGUGAAGAAGAAGAGGCCAGAAAGGCCGCAGAAGCGAUUGCAGAAAUUGAGAGGGCGAAACAGGAAAAGAAAGCAAAGGAGGCAGCUUUACGCGAGGCAGCACGGGCAGAGGAGGAAAGCUUGCAAGAGAGUAAAAAGAGUGAAACGAUUGAACAGAACACUUCUGAAAGGGUUGUGGAACCUGUGCAUCGUCCUCCACGUCACACAUUCGGAUUUUCGAGUGGACAGCGAGACGGGCCGACGCGUGCAACAGUAAUCCCCGACACCACUGACUGGGUGCGAGGUUCUCAGAUUUCAGCUACUCGUGAGUUAGCAUUGUGUUUUCUACCCGCUUACUUCAGGUCCAAAAUACAUGAUCGUCUUCUGUCAUUUCUGUCACCCAUGGCGAACUCUCGGGGAAAUAGGAAUUAG